GGGGAUAAUUACGAAGUUAGAAUCACUUUCCAUAACGUUCAUUCUUCAUCAAAAGGUUAAAAAACUAAUGCAUCACUUUAUUAAAGAUUUUGGGGUUCAUCAAUGUUACAUUUAAAAGAAGAGGUAAAGAACAAGCUUUUACUCUAUCAAACCCAACAGUCAAUCUCACAAACCACCACGAAACAAAGCUCAAAGAUAGAGACAGACAGACAGACAGCUAUAAAAACUUGUAGGCUGUAGCUCAACGGUUAAAUCUGUACCCACAACCCAAAUCUCUCUCCAUUUCUACUAAUCGAAAUAGAUAUAAAUUUGAGUUUGAUCCCAGUUUCCAUUGAAAAAGAAAACCCCACAGAAGAAAAAAAGGUACAAAUUUUAUUCAUUAAACUUGAAAAAGAACCAAGUUUUUGUAUUGGAGGAUGGCAAGUGGGGAUCUAGAGCGAGGAGGAAGGAAUGGGAAGAACAGAGCAAAUAGCUAUCACCAAUCAUCAUCUCCUUUCUAUGUAGAAAACACUGAAAAGCAAUGGACUUCAUGGCUUGUUCCAAUGUUCGUGGUGGCUAAUGUUGCUGUUUUUUUUGUGGUGAUGUAUAUCAAUGAUUGCCCUAACAACAAUCUGGGAUUUGAAGGCAGCUGCGUGGCUAAGUUCCUUGGCAAGCUUUCUUUUCAGCCUUUGAAAGAAAAUCCUCUCUUUGGUCCUUCUUCUCAUACAUUGGACAAAUUGGGAGCACUAAAUUGGAGCAAGGUAGCGCAUGGCAAGCAAGGAUGGAGGCUCAUCACUUGCAUCUGGCUACAUGCUGGCGUUAUUCAUCUGCUUGCUAACAUGUUGAGCUUGGUCUUCAUUGGAAUUCGCCUUGAACAGCAAUUUGGAUUCCUGCGUAUUGGGCUUAUCUAUCUAUUGUCCGGCUUUGGAGGGAGUAUACUAUCAUCUCUUUUCAUUCAGGAUAAUAUUUCUGUUGGUGCAUCUGGUGCUUUAUUCGGCCUUCUGGGAGCAAUGUUAUCGGAGCUUCUGACUAACUGGACUAUCUACACAAAUAAGGCUGCUGCUCUGAUCACACUUGUGGUCAUUAUUGCCAUUAACUUAGCAGUAGGGAUUCUUCCUCACGUCGAUAACUUUGCACAUAUCGGUGGCUUCUUGACCGGCUUUCUCCUUGGGUUUGUUUUGCUGCUUCGUCCCCAAUUCGGGUGGGUUCAACGUCAGCAUGUUCCUGCUGGUGCACCUGUUAAAUCUAAGCACAGGGCAUACCAAUAUGUUUUCUGGGUGAUUGCAGUGGUCUUGGUCAUAGUUGGAUUCACAGUCGGAUUGGUGAUGCUGUUUAGAGGAGAAAAUGGAAAUGACCAUUGCAGCUGGUGCCAUUACAUGAGCUGUGUUCCUACAUCAAGUUGGCACUGUGGAAAAUAAUAAUGAAACCAUUACCAUUACUACUAUUAACCCCCGUCUUCAUCUUGUCUCACUCAAUUCUUUCACUAUUUUUAUUCGUUUAUUAAUUUCUUCCGGUUGAUAUUUGUCUAUGUAUAUGCUUAGAGAUUAUAUUUGAAUAUUAGUAAAUUCGUUGUUCUUAUAUGGAUGCAAUUGUAUACAUCAUUUAUGUUGUCAUUGAAUGCAGGUUUACUUAGAAAGUAGAGAUAAA